AUGAGCUAUCAUCUUAAGUCAACUUACAAAUUUGUUGUUGAUCACAAAUGUGGUACGCCUCGUGCUCCGGUGCCGCCACCUCGACGCGGUGUUCCGGCCGCAGCUCUUCGAUAUUGUGCGGCCGGAACGGUUGGGGUUGUGGCCUCGGCUGCUCCUGUGGUUGUGCUGUGGGCUGUCUCCUCACGCGGCGGCUGCGCCUGA